UUGCUCUUCAACUUACAUCAUGGAUUAUGUGGUGGUGGGACGGUUAGGUGAAAGCCACGGACACAAGUGGAAUGAACAAGGGCGCAACGUUAUCUCUCACAUCUUUGUUUAUUUCGACGAAACAUCAGUAAUCUCCCUUUCAUUCGGAUUCAUCGAGAACGGAAAGCUUGUCAUAUCUAAGCCUUAUGGCUUAUCUGAGACGUAUUCAUGCAGCGUCCGAAUUGUGAGGUUGAAUCAUGAGACCGAGUUUGUGACGGGGGUGUCAGGAGAGUGGAGCUAUGAUUUUAUUACAUCUCUGACUUUCCACACGAACGAGAAGGUACAUGAAGCUUUUCGCUCCAAUUCAGUUUCUGAGGAGGAGGUUAAUAGGAGAGAGUUUUAUUCAGGGAUACAUGAUCGGUGUGAAUUUGGGGGUUUCUUUGGUACUUCUAACGUGUCUCGUCUGUUAUCAAUCGGUUUCUAUACUAAGCCUGUCCUCCGAGGAGUAAACACGAUGCGUCGUGAAGUUUAG